AUGGUCUUCGACGAUGUUCUUUCUCGGAUCCCCGUAAUACUCUCGUAUCCUACGGUGCUGCUGAGCAGUAAUUUGAUAAUAAGUACCUCUGGUGAAAGUGCAAGUGGACCAGCCGGUGCCGGCCUUUUGGAGCUGUUUUUGGAACAUUUAGCGGUGCCCCUGCUAUGUGCUUGCGCAGUGACUGCUUUGGGUGGGUUUAUGGGCACCGUUCAACGACUCAAUUCCUGUGUUACGCUUGCAUUUGUGAGUUUUUCGCUCAAUUCGUUGCUGGGACACAUUCAAACUUCAGUGCUUUCUGCCCUGCUGUUACAGUUGCUUGGUGGGUUUAUUGCGUUCAACUGGCUGUUUGCUGUAUUCCCAGCACUCAGUUUGUUUAUCGAUUAUUUGCAAGACACGUCUUACUAUAAGACGAUUGCAAGCUACCUAGUGAUCCUAUUGACGCUGUACUUGAGACACCAAAAGCCUUUUGGUUCGGGGGUGUUCCCCAGCAAACAACUCAAACCCGUUCAUUAUGCGAUUAUGUCAGUCUCUCUCGCCAUUACUUUGCAUACGAUAGUGUCCGAUCGCUUUGAGCUAAUUCCAGGCAUGCUCGAAUCGGGCCUCAACGUCCAGUAUUCCAUGAUGUUUGUGUGUCUCGGUUGUUUGGGGCUGCUUUUUGUCAGUUGGAAAGAAAUCUGCAGCGAGGCGAGUCCAACAAGUGCUCAGAAAGUCUUGAGUUUUGAGUACGUCCCGCCAGCUUUGGGAUGUGCAGCAAUGGUCUUGCAGUUCAUAUCCUCUAACGCUCCACCAAGCGCUUUAGCAACUAACGCCGCACUUUUACUGUUUGUAUUGCUGAGCGGAGCAAUAUCCUUUCAAACCUGCAAAUACACAGGCUGUGAGCAACUGGAACUUCACGAUCCCGCUUUGUGCAAGGAACAAGAUCACGAACAUCUUCACAAUCAUCACAAUCACGGUCAUGAUCGCGACCAAGAAAACCAUCACAAACUUAAUAAUGCUCAUUCUCAUGGCCAUUCUCAUUCUCACGGUCAUGCUCAUUCUCAUGCAUCUGCGUCUGCUCAUGGUCAUGGUGACAGCGUCAAUCCUGACGCAGGACUUUUCAUCCAGCUCGCUACAAAUCCAGAAACAAGAACUAUCUUCUCAUUUCUAUUACUCAACACCACGUUCAUGUUCGUACAGUUGCUCUACUCCUUUCGCUCCAGGUCUUUGGGGUUGCUGUCGGACUCGUUGCAUAUGGCUUUGGAUUGUCUUUCUCUCCUGCUGGGUCUGGUUGCUGGCAUCCUUUCCAAGAGACCAGCAAGUGACACAUUUCCCUUUGCUCUCGGCUACCUCGAGACCCUAGCGGGAUUUACUAAUGGCGUGCUUUUGAUUGGCAUUGUCUCCGGUAUCUUAAUUGAAGCCAUCGAUAGAGUUUCAAAUCCAACUACUCUACUUGAAACCAAUGAGCUUUUGGUGGUUUCGGUCUUGGGGCUUUUGGUCAACCUCGUGGGUCUCUUUGCAUUCGACCACGGGGGCCACGGACACGAUGGUGGUAACGAAAACAUGAGAGGAAUCUUUUUGCACAUCAUGGCCGACACACUGGGGUCGGUGGGUGUCGUUAUUUCCACGCUUUUAACAAAAGCUUUCGAUUUACAAAUUUUCGAUCCUAUCGCAUCUAUCUUCAUUGCUGUUUUGAUUCUACUAAGUUCUAUUCCCUUGAUCAAGUCAACGACUACGAGCAUACUACUGAACUUAAAUGACAAACAAGAUAAUAAGCUGAGAAAUGCUCUCAAUCAAAUUUCAAUGACUCCUGGCAUUAUUGGUUACACAACGCCACGUUUUUGGCCUUUAUCUUCAAGUGGUGGGCACGGCGGACAUUCACAUUCUCAUGGUCAUUCCCAUUCGCAUGGUUCUUCACACACAGAUGAAGAUGCUGCUAGUGAAGACAAAACGUCGCAAUCCCUCGUCGGUUAUAUACACGUUCAGUAUAUGGACGGGGAGAAUUCUACUAUUAUGAAGAAAAGAGUGGAGAAAAUUUUGGAAGACGCAAGCAUAAAGGCCUGGAUCCAAGUGGAACAUAAAGACUCCGUUUGUUGGUGCCGGACUUUUGCGAAUUCCAGCCAGCCUACUGUUUCCUCUUAG